AUGUCGGCCAACUUCCUUAAGCUCCCUAGUGAACUUCGCAAUAAAGUAUAUAACCGAUGCUUAUUACUCGAAGAACCUAUUGACCCUUGGAUUAAUUACAAUCGACAACAGCAGCUCACACCUGGGCUGCUCUGCACAAACAAGGCCAUCCACCGCGAAGCCAGCUCACUAUUCUACGCCCAAAAUCGCUUCAAUUUUACUAUGUCCAGCCCUACAGACACAGCUUUGUUCCUUAGGACAAUCGGCCGUAACAACGCAGGCUGUAUCCGACAUGUCUGUGUUAAUUUUCCGGACUUCUAUUUACACGCGGGUGGUGUCACACUCGGGGAGGGUAGCAUGAGCAUCUUUGCGAGUAUCCAGAGUAGCUGUGCUAAUUUGAGCACACUCAUAACGGCCCCGUAUUGCACACUUGAUAUUGAGGAGAAGCUCGAGGAACUAGACAACCCUAAGAUCACUGAGGUGUUAAAGCUGAUUAACACUUGCUUCAGAGCCAUCUUAUCCCUACAAGAGAUUAUUGUUAUCGUAUAUGAGGACGACCCGAGUAGUUUUAUAAGAAGUGAAAUGGAGAAGCAUGGAUGGAUAAUCAGUGUAAUGGAAGAUGGAAAAGAGUGGUAG